UAUGCAGGCAAGAUGAAACAAUGUUUUUGCCUGACAUUAUAUUUACUCUCAGGAAUUACUUCUUUAUUUUAAUCUCAAGAGGUAGAUUAUGUCUAUAUCAACUUUCUCUAUCGCCCCCACCACUCAAAAUAUUUAAUUGAAAUAUAUGGAUCCCUAGCUUGAGUUACAGACAAUUAGUGGAACUUUUAUCAUCUUUAAUUUG